UCCGGGACCCUCCCGGUCCUGGGGGGACACCCGGGACCUCCCCAGCAACCCCCAGGGAUUGGGGAACCCCUCCCCCCUCCGCCUGUGCCGCUAUGACGUCACCAUUCUCCCCCCGUGACGUCACCGCCGAUCCCCGUCCCUGCGCUCAUCCCGGGGUCCCGCUCUGACGUCACGGGGGAACCCCCUCCGAGCCCCGCCCCUCGUUUCCUGCCAAUCACCGCGCCCGCCGAUAAACUCCGAGCGGCGAUUGGCUGCGCCCGGCAGGCUCCGCCUCCUGACCCGGCCAAGAUGGCGGCGCCCAGCGGCGCGACCCAGCGUGGGGACAGCGGGGCCCGGCCGUGAGGGGACCCCGCGACAGCGGCGACAGCGGCGACAGCGGCGACAUGCGGCUGGGCUGGUUCCGCGCCCUGCCCCGGCGCCUCUGGGGCGGCCCCGCAGCGCCGGAGCUGUGUCGCAGCUUGUGCCAGCGCCCCGCGCGCGUCCCCGCCGAGGGGGGCGACACCACCGAGGGGACCCCAAAACCUCGCAGACCCCCGAGCCGCGACCCCGGCGAGGGCGGCACCGAGGGGGGCGACACCUCAAAGGGUGACGCUUCAGGGGGUGCCACCUCGGGGGGUGCCACCCCCACGCCCCCGCUGCGCCGCCCCCGCUCCCGCCGGUGGCAGCGCGAGGACCCGCGCGGUGACCCCGGUGACCCCGCGGGCGGCGGCGGCGGCAGCACCGACCCCGGGGCCGCGUUCGAGGCGGCGCUGCGGGAGCUGUCCCGGUGCCCGCCGGGCCGCGGGGGCCGCCUGGCGCUGGUGGAGGCGGCGCUGGCGGCGCUGCCCGC